GGGCGCUCCGCCCAGCCUCCCUCCCCCGGUGAUGGAGGAAGAGGAGGCUGUGGGGGGGAAGAUGAAGCAGUUCCCCGCAGCGGUCAGCAUGGGUGUCGGGGGUGGUGCGGCUGGGGCGGGCGUGGACCCCGAGCGCUGCCGCUUCCCUUACUGCGUGGUGUGGACGCCUAUUCCCGUGCUCACAUGGCUCUUCCCCAUCAUUGGUCACAUGGGCAUUUGUACAUCCGCUGGAAUAAUCCGAGACUUUGCAGGGCCUUACUAUGUCUCUGAAGACAACAUGGCUUUUGGGAAGCCUGUCAAGUACUGGAAGCUAGAUCCGAACAAAGUAUAUUCCUGUGGCCCCAAUGCCUGGGAUACUGCAGUCCACGAUGCCUCCGAGGAGUACAAGCAUCGUAUGCACAACCUCUGCUGUGACAACUGCCAUUCACAUGUCGCGCUGGCCUUAAACCUUAUGCGCUACGACAACAGCAGCUCCUGGAAUAUGAUCAAACUGUGCUUCCUCUCCCUGUUACACAGCAAGUACGUCAGCAUAGGAGGAUUUGUGAAGACCUGGCUUCCCUUCAUCCUCUUUUUGGGGAUUGUCCUGACAGUCAGCCUUACCCUCCACUUACGGUGAUUGACAACCCCUGCCAUCAGCACUGAAAACUGUGGGCCGUUCAGUCCAGCAAGGAGCUGCUUGGUCUGGGAAUCUUUUGGGGAAGAAGUCCAUCUUGCUUUGUAAUGCCAACUUGCCACCUAUCCUGUGGGGACCGCCCUUCUUCAGUAUGUGUUUUUUUCCUCCCCUCUAAAGGUAGGGGUUGGGCGACCAUCACGUCUUGCUUCUCAACACGUCCCCCUGGUCAUGAAGAUUACCAUAGGAGGACAAGCUAUGCAGGUUUCUGGUUGUGGGGCGUGGAAGGGCAUGGCUGAUCCUGAGGUUCUCCUGUCUUCUGUGUGUGUGUGGGGGGGGGGGGAAUUCCUGCCAGAACAGGAGGUGACUGUGGUCUCUUUGCAUCAUGAGUAGCGAUUGGCCAUUAAUAUGUCUGUCUGCCCACUUACAGAUACAUUGCACUUAACUGUGUUGUUGCCACAACCCAUAAGAUCCCCCUCCCCCCGUUGAGGCUGGGUGCCUCAGUGUCAGCCUGAAAACUCAACCGUUAUGGUGGUGCUCUGUGCUAAGACUGGAGGUUCUGAGCUCAGGAUGGGGCUAAUGUCCCCUGCCCACUUUUGUGGCUCGUACUUGACCACAGUGUGUGGCUCAGGCGUUCCUCAGAAAGUGCUUUUUCUCAUUUGACAUUCCUAGGAAAUGCCAUUACUCUUCUGGGGCUGCUGGUUUUUCCUCAACCUCCCACCAGCUGUAGCUGUUGCUGCUGGAGGCAAGAUUGCCCUUGAGUAGUCCUUGACUAAGCCUAUGCUGAGAGUUAUGCCCUUCACAACUCUACCAUCCUCACAGUUUUGUGCAUGACAGGGGGAGGCAUACGAGAUGAGGUGUUUAAUUUUUUUUCUAAUAUGGAUAAUACACUAUUAGUCUGUGCACCAGAAAGAUCCAGCAGCAUAACCAGCACUGGGAAAUGUUUGUCCUCUCCUGCCCAGAGGGCUGAAUUUAGACUGCCGCGGACCAAUAUGACAUUUGAACAGAGGAGAAUGUAAGGGGGAGGAAGUUUUUUACAUCCACAGAAGCAGUAGAGAACCGGGUGCUUUCUGUCCCCAGCGUCAGUCCUCUCAGUUUCCAAAGCAGCUUAAUUUUUUCUUGUGGUCUCGCCCUUGUUGCUUAGAUGCCUCUUUAAAAAAAAAAAAAAAAAAGAUGGCGGGGUCCCCUUAGGCCCAGUCUGGUAAGCAUGCUGAAGUCCUCAAGAACUUCAGUCAAGUGUCGGAUCAGAUGCCAAGAGGGAUGUUUUUUAAACUGUUUGCAUUGGGUUUUACAAAGAAGCUGUCUUGUCGACCAGAUACCUCCGCUCCUUCGCACUGCCCUCCAUAACAACCAACCACAAUAAAAACUCAUUUUUCUCUCCCCCUACUCUUCCACAUUCGGUGGAGGGCUUUUUUUCCUGCCUGGAAGCCUGAACUGGCUUUCUUGUUCCCUGGUAUUCUCCAGCUGCCUCUGUCACCACUCUGCUCCAGUAAGGGGGAGGGCAAAAAGGAGCUUCUUUGGAGCGACUCCGCCCUUUCCAACUUCUUUCCGUUCCACCUUUGCCCCUUUCUAUUGCGAAUCUCCACCUUUUCCAGCCAUCCUCUCACACCUUAAAUGCUUUGCCAUGUGCUAAGGAGGGGUGUUGUCUGCCCGUACACCUGUCACCUGUGCCCCCCCCUUCCCUGCUGCAUUCCGCAAUUUCAGACAUGAACUAGGCAGCAGCUGUAGAAAGCUGACAGAGAUCAAAGGUCUGAUGUCAAAGCAAAGGUGUGUCCUGUUCCAUCCAGCUAAGCCUGGAACUUUUCUUUUUGCUCACAGGGUUUCUGGUUUUGAUGGCAAUAGUAAACCAAGACUACCCAGUGGAGAAACUUCCCUCUCCUCUCCUCUCCUCUCCUCUCCUCUCCUCUCCUC